UAUACGCCAGUUUAUGAAAAAGUCGAAUAAUAAAGUAUUACAAGGUAAGUUGCGCAUGCGUGCUUACCAACCCGCAAGUAAAUGCCAUGUUUGCCUUAAAUUCUGAUAAGCAAUUUCGGAACCCACUGCCCAAAAUGUUCAGUGUGUUUGCUCAACCAAUAAUUUUGUUGUAGAUGGCAGUUUUUUUGAGCACCUAAAGUCCCCCUGCCGGUUAGCUUCUGUUAUCAGACCAGCUAAACAUCAAAGCUGGGCAUCGGUUUUAGUAUUCGAGCUAAUCAGCCACCGUAAGCACAGAUCGCUUAAGAAUGUAUUCCUGCGUAGUAAUUCCUUUGGUUCUGUUCUGUGUUCUGUUGGGGGGCAUUUGGGCUCAGGAUAUUAUUCCAGAGAUACCAGAUUAUUCUCGGCCCACAACAACUACAACAACAGAAGCCCCAACAACCUCUACAACCAAAUCCACCACAACUACAACAACGCAACAGCCCACAACUACAACAACGGAACCCAUCACAAGCACUACAACAACACAACCCCCCACAAGCACUACAACAACGGAACCCAUCACGACUUCAACCACACAUAGGACUCCCUUGGAACAACUAGAUCAGACAACCAAGAAGCCAAACAAAGAAGUAUGGAUGCAACCACUAGAAAGGUGCUUUCUGACCCACCAGAUGGAGUAUAGUACCUGCUGGCGAAUCCCACCGACGUCCAGUUGUUAUCGCUGCUGCUACUACUACGACAGCCAUAUCACCGAAUGUAGUAAGCUCCACCAAGGGCCUUGUGUGGCGUAUGAUUAUGCCAAACUGAAAGUACACGUAAAUUGGAAAGAAGUAUUGUAAAAUUAAAUGAAAUGAACUAAAAUAAAAACAGUGAAAUGCUUGAAUAUUUGUUGUGCAACCAUUUAUCAUAAAUG